AUGUGCCUCGUCGUCCUCGCCAUCGUCGCACUCGCCGUCCCGGCCACAUCCACCGCCGCCGCCGUCCACCGUCGACCAACCAAGCCCACAUUUAUCAUUCAAGACGCCACCCUCUACAGCUUCAACCUCACCAAAUCCAAAACGUUCCUCAACACCACCCUCCGGGUCACAAUCUCGGCCCGCAACCCGAACCCUCGGGCCGGGAUCGAGUACGACACGCUGGGCAUAUACGCUGCGUACCGCGACCAGCAAGUGACGAAUUUCGCGGACCUCGUCCACGGCUACCUUGGGCCCAAAAAGGUGGUUACGUGGGCCCCUGCGCUGAUGACGGGUGACGGGGAGGACGUGCCGGUCACACGGGCCCAGGCACGGGCUGUGGGCCGUGACUUGCGGGCUGGGCUCGUGGUGAUGAAUGUGACGGUGAACGGGAGGAUGAGGUGGAAGGUUGGGUCGCGGCGGUCCAAGAAGUACUACCUGGCCGCGUACUGCCCGGCUUACCUGAGAGCUUCCGAGGGGAAAAGUGGCGGCGUCGGCGGGGGUGUUAAGUAUCAGCUUGAUCAAGGUUGCAGUGUUACGUUGUCGCCUUGA